GACCGUGGCGGAAGCUGUUCCGCUGCUGAGGCCGAAGACAGAAGCCGCUGAGGCGGGGCGGACGAGAAGAGAGAGAGAGGGGGGGGGAGGCAGGAAGGCGAAAGAGAAAGAGAGGGGGCCGCUUGGAGCGGAACCCCAGCGGGCUUAUUACGGGCGGAGGGGCCCUCGGCCUGCGCGGGAGACGGCGCCGGAGCUCCGGCCGAGGAAGGGCUCCACGGACACCAGCACCAGGAAGAGGAAGGGCUGGAGCGGGAGGGCCCCGAGACGGAGACACAGAGAGAAAGAGAGCCCCGCCGGAGCUGUAGGGAAGCGGCCCCAGCAUGGAAGCCGUCGCCAAGUACGAUUUCAAAGCCACCGCGGAUGACGAGCUCAGCUUCAAACGGGGGGACAUCCUGAAGGUUUUGAAUGAAGAAUGUGAUCAAAACUGGUACAAGGCAGAACUCAAUGGCAAAGAUGGCUUCAUUCCCAAAAAUUAUAUUGAAAUGAAACCACAUCCGUGGUUUUUUGGGAAGAUCCCGCGAGCAAAGGCUGAGGAGAUGUUGGGCAAACAGAGACAUGAUGGUGCCUUCCUCAUCAGAGAGAGUGAAAGUGCUCCUGGAGACUUUUCUCUUUCGGUCAAAUUUGGAAAUGAUGUGCAGCACUUUAAGGUGCUUCGAGAUGGAGCUGGCAAGUACUUCCUUUGGGUGGUAAAGUUCAAUUCUCUAAAUGAGCUGGUAGACUAUCACAGAUCAACCUCUGUUUCCAGAAAUCAACAGAUAUUCCUCCGGGACAUUGAACAGGUGCCUCAGGUAAGGGAGAAAGAGCAACCCACAUACGUACAGGCUCUUUUUGAUUUCGACCCUCAGGAGGAAGGUGAGCUGGGCUUCCGUCGUGGAGACUUUAUCCAGGUCCUUGACAAUUCUGACCCCAACUGGUGGAAGGGAGCCUGUCAUGGACAAACAGGCAUGUUUCCACGCAACUAUGUGACCCCAGUGAACCGGAACAUCUAGAGCAAAUUAUUAAAGAUUAUUUAAGGAAACAAGAGAAACAGUAAAGUACACAUUCAGAGUCUAACAGCAGCCAGUGAUCUCCAGUCAUCAGGCCAUAAAAUCUGAGUCACCCUCUCUGCAUGAGGGAAAUACUUCUUUUCACUCAGAAUGGACUUUGUGGGGAGGGGACAGUAAAAGGGUCCAACUUGUGCGCCAAAACUUACCUUUUAAAUUAAAAUGCAUAUUAAUUGAUUAUCUUGGUUACUUCUAGGGGGCUGUAUUUUGUUCACUUAUUCUUUCUUCCCCGCCACUGACACAGCAAUUCAUCAGAGCAUGACAUCUUAAUGUUAAAUGGAGGCCAUGCCAUUAAAGAAAGAUGAGAAAGCUCUUUGGGUGUUUAUGUUUAUGCAAAAACUGUUUUUUUAAAAUGGGAAUAAGGGGGGGACCAGAUCCAUAAGCCAAUUGAAAAACAACACACACAUGCCAAUUCUGCUUUUGCCUUCAAGAUUUUCCUUUGGUAAGGUAAGGUCUUUUUCGCCCCCUUCCAUCUAAAAUUUCAGCAUUUCCAGAGCAGAGGGAAGAUGGCUUUAUCCCCCACAGGUUGCAGGACUGUUCUGAAAAAUUCUGUCCUUAAGCCAGAUCAUGUUCUCAUUAACCAUGUUAGCUUUUUUUUUAUUUAAGCAUGUGGAUGAGCACAUUGUUGUAUUUUUCCAUUAGUGCCUUUCCCUCAUUUCCUUAAUUUUUUUCAGUAAAAUGACAGUCCACAGCUUUCAAAUUUUUCCUGCUUUUAUGUAAAUAUUUAAUAAAUUGAAUUAUUUGUAGCUUUAUUAUUAAAUGCAGAGAUCUCCACAAAACAGAUGGAGCUUUAAAACAUGUAUGAGCAUCUGAUACCUUUAUUAUCAAAUGGGAAAGGCAUAAAUUUUUCUGUAAGAGGCAAGGCUAGAGCUUGAAGCCAGGAACCUUUGAGUGGCAAGAGAAGAUUGCACUUGUGUGAAAAGUAUGGCAUAUUGUUUGAAGCUGCCGUAUUAUAGAGAUUGACUAGCCUGGAACAUCUGAAAUAUAUGUUUUAUGUUACAAGGAGACCUCAAGAUUGUGCUUAAUUAUGCUUAACAUCUUAUGGAAUGUUUGAACAUGAUGCUUGGUGAUAAACAGUCCAGCCCUUGUACAGCUGGCUAACAACAAUUGUUAUCUAUGACUGGUUCUCACAAAAAGGAAAUUACUGUCUUUGUAUUUUGGCAGUUCCUUAUCCCUUCAUGCCAGCAUUACUUUAGUUGAAAGAGCCAUGCUUCUUAUUCCUAGUUCACAGCAGGCUGUGUGAUGGAUUGUAUUUCAGCCUAAUGUCCCCUGAUAAAAAUCACACAAUGCCAUUCUCGUGAUAUUAGGAAUGGAUUUGGACUUGAGACAGGGGAGAGCAACCUUCUGAGCUCUUGUGCCAAUAUCACCUUAUUUGCUUUUGCUGAGCCAUCUGGCUGAAACAUUCAUCCCAACAACAGAUCCCAAAGCCACCACAGAGGUCUCCUGUUCUGCCUAGAUGGAGAAAUUCUUGUGUUGGCGGGUGCCUUUUUAUAGUAAGUGUUAGAAGUGUGUUAUUCAUGAGAUGAACUCUGCCUUACAUUUCCAUUUCUCCCAGCAAAUGAAAGAAAAAGCUGCCCUGUAGUACAUUAAUUUCUUAUCCUUUCCUUCCUAGCUGUCUUUCUCUCUCCCACUGUACCUCCUUUCUUCUGAAAUGAUUGGAAAAGAAAUCUAUGGCAUUCUACACUUGGACCAUUUGAUUGUUUUCUUAUUUUGGAAUUGGUGUAUAUCAUGCAGCCUUGCAGACAUAAUGUCUUGUGUGUAUAUAUAUAUUAAAAACCAGUGUUUAAAUAAAAACAGGCCUAUGUAUGUAAUCCUUUAACUCAGCAGCAGCAUUUGUUAGAUAGUAAUUAACUGUGAAUAAUAAAUAUACAUUGAAUUCUUCACUUGAA